UAUACAUAUAUACUGUAUAUAAACAUAUAUACUGUUUAUAUACAGUAUAUAUAUAUAUAUGUAUAUAUACAGUAUAUAUAUGUAUAUAUACAGUAUAUAUAUGUAUAUAUACUGUAUAUAUGUAUAUAUACUGUAUAUAUAUGUAUAUAUACUGUAUAUAUACUGUAUAUAUAUAUACAUAUAUACUGUUUAUAUACUGUAUAUAUAUGUAUAUAAAUAUAUAUAUUAUAUAUAUAUACACACAUAUAUAUAUAUAUAUAUAUAUAUAUAUAUACUCUAUAUAUGUAUAUAUAUAUAUAUAUAUAGUUGUAGUAAAACAAUCACAGUCUGUUGUUUUCAGGAUAUAUGUAUUAUUAUUACUGUAAUAAUGAGGUUUAAUCAGACAUCAGAGUUUUGAGUUGAUUUAUAAUUGACGUUUGCUUGUGUAGCUCCUAUUAGUUUAUGUUUAAUUCAUGAUCUUUGUUUUUUGUUUUAAAAUAUCUUUGCUCAUUAAAUUUAAAGUCAAAAAAGGAUUUUUUUAAACUGGUUUCAUGUCAAAGUUACAUGCGGUUAGGACACAGUUUUAACUUUAUCACAAUAAACAGCUGAGGUAAGUUCUCCCUGCUCUCAAUGAUCAGAGCGACACUUUCUUCAACACAGCGAGGACGUUUCGAGGACACUACCUUCUAAAAGACUCUGUGAGGACAGAUGAGAGACAAGUGUCUUAUCGAGCGUUCGUGUAAUGUUUUAAUUAUCAAACUUUUAUUGAUUGUGUUGGCAAAUCUUCCCUCGUAUCCCUGCCAAAAAUGUAAUGUGUACCAUGUAAAUAGAGCAUACCACAUCAAGGAUGUUUUUACAAGUGCCACGUUGACAAAAUGCUUUCUUGAGUUUGGUCGUUAAAAACGAGGAUGCCCUUGAGUUUGUGUUUAUUUGUCACGUGUUCCUGUAGUGCUGUCUAUAUAAAUCAAACCUGCGGCCAAAGAAGACAAUCUGGGAUCAAACUAUGUACACUUUUAGCCUCCUGUGUGCUCUGGGUCUCUUCGCUGCCAUCCAGGUGCCUCGCACCUCGGCAGUGAGUGAAGUAAGUGUAAAUCUUGCAUCGGCUCUGCUAUCAUAAGAUGAUUGUGUGUAUUUGUUGUUAGUCUAAGAGCUUUUUUCAGACGUGUGUAUUUCUCUGCAUUAAAACCAUUUCCUCUGUUUCCUCUCUAACCACAUCAAAACCUGGUAAGUCUCAUCGCUGCUUUUCUCCAAAGAUUCCCUGCAGACAUUUUCUCUCAGACUUUGCAGCACAUGUGAUUUCUGAUCUGCUGUCAUUUCUUUUGUAUUCAGGAAUCACCCAGAGUGAAAAAAAGGAGAUCGUAGAAAAGCAUAAAGACCUGAGAAAACAUGUCCAGCCUACUGCUCGAAACAUGCUGAACAUGGUAAGCACCGAAAACACACUGAACUCUCCUCAUCCAUUCAUCAUGAGAAGCAGGAACAGAGCCCUGGAGAGUUGAGGGUGUCUGCUGAUGUCUGCUUACCUGUGAUCUGCUCCCCACAGGAAUGGAGCGACAAAGCUGCAGCCAACGCCAAGAAAUGGGCAGAUGAGUGUCAGGAGCAACACAGCACCCCACCCUUCAGAAAUACCGGCAGUAAGUUCAUUCAGCCGCUCGUUCACCUUCAAAAAACAAGCAGAGAGAAAGAACCGGCGUGUGACUCGACAAGUCAAACAAGUCUUUUAUUCCUGGCAGAGCGUGAUAUCCUCUGCAGCAGGAUCAUGUGACACCAAACUCCAGCCGCAGCAGUGUCGUCGUGGUGACGACGUUUUAACACACUGUUCAAUGUGAGAAGAAUAGUUUUAGUGCAGCUGAAUGUGUCAUGACAGGAAGGCUCAGAUUAUAGCGCCGUUCAAAAGAUGGUCCACCUGCAAAACUAGUGACUGUUAUGUAAACUCAGCAAACACCACAGACGGACAAAAGGCUGAAGACGUGCUGCUGUCAGCAGGACGCCUGAGGGACGCCUGAGGGACGUCUGCCUGAGGGACGUCUGAGGGACGUCUGAGACUGAUUAGAGCUUCAGUGAUGGACUUGCUCAGAGUUAAGGCGAGCAUGAAUGGUGUGGGGGAACUGAUGUGUCUGUGAACUCCUCUCUCUCUCUCUCUCUCUCUCUCUCUCUCUCGUGUAGACGGCAUCCUCUGUGGAGAGAAUCUGUUCAUGUCCAGUCACCCCGUUAAAUGGUCUACGUUGAUCCAGUCCUGGUACAACGAGGUGAAACACUGGAAAUUUGGCGUGGGAGCGAUCGAUGGCGCGAUGAUCGGACACUACCUUCAGGUGAUGAUGAUGAAACGAGUCUUUGUGAAGAACAUUUGAUGGUUCUGAGGAGCUGCUUCUGAAAUGAUGGUUUUGUCUCUGUACACAGAUCGUUACCUACAAGAGUAAGGAGGUCGGCUGCGCGUACGCCUACUGUCCCAAUAACAAGUUGCCGCAUUACUACGUCUGCCAUUACUGCCCACAGUAAGAACGAAGCCGACCGUUCUCAGUGUCAAACUUACUGCUUCAUGGACUUUUGAGGAUCCUCAUACUCUGGUCUCUGUUUCAGUGGAGAUAUCAACCCUGAGGAACCCUGGGAGCCUGGACAACCGUGUGGGGCCUGCAAGGACAGCUGUUCGGAUGGACUCUGUGGUAAGUUUGAUGAAGAGCAGCCGUAACGGUGAGAGAUGAUCUUUCCUGUUUUUAUCUGUUUUUAUGGGAGAGAGGAAGACGUUCAGGAUUUAACCAAACGCUGUUCUCACUCAGGAUCAGGACUGAGGUUUAGUCCCAAGUAGGGUUGGGUAUCGUUUGAUUUUGAACGAUUCCGAUUCCAAUUUCGAUUCCUCAUUUCGAUUCCGAUUCCUAUCGAUUCUCUGAUUCGAUUCUUUUAAAAGGCAGGAUAUCAAAAAGAAAAAAGAAAAAAAAAGCAUGGUUUGAAUGAGGGCGCUAACCGGGGCUCUUCUUUUUGGAUGAAAUUUCUGAACUUCUCCAUGAAUUUUUAAAUCCUAUUAACUUUUUAAGAACUUUGCUGUGGAUUUCUCACAGGGCUAUUUUCAACCAGUAUAUAAAUAUCAAUUUUUGUUGUCAGGUCGUUUGUCUAUGAAAAAGUACAAGGGCUAACGUUAGGUGGAUAUUUAAGUUUACUCACCGUACACAGUUCAAUUUCUUUACCGUUUCAAAGUUAGCAGAGGACAGAAGUAAUUUAUUGUUUCACUUAUCCGAUCCUGACUGGUUAGCGGAGGACAGGUGUUGUGCUGUAGAAUGCACCCCUGCCGUAGAAUGCCUCCCCUCCACUGAUUAGCUUCUUAGUGGAAGAAAUAUGAUCUCAUAUUUAAUAAAACACGGGUAUUAGAUCAUGAAAACGUGUCAAAUGGAGCAGUAAACUUUCGUUUUGUUUUUAUGUGUCUCAAAAAUGCACACAUAGAGGUGUACUUGGGUAUAUAAACUGUAGAGUAAGCUGUUAAUGUAGAGAACAUUAUAUUUUCCGGACAGUAAAUAUUCAGAGUCAGAGGGCUAUUGUUUUCGGCAUAUCUGAAUAGCCUGAAUGAAAUCAUUAAAGGCACACGCUUUAGAUUCCGUCCAACGGUAAGAAAAACUCGGAUUGUUUCGCCUUGUUGUGUACUUUCAACCGCGCUCCCUUCAGGGGGGCAUUCAAAAGCAGGGGUGCAUUCUCUGGCACAACACCGGCGAAGCGCGUCAAAGACGAGCACUCGGGUAUUUCUCCUCCAUGAAUCCUGAGGUGUUUAAUCAUGUUGGUCGUUUACCCUCCUUUGCAUGAUAUAACUGUAUUGCUAAUGUUGCAUUGAGAUAAGAGCUCAUUCUUCCUGCUAAAGUUAGCCAAACUUUUGACCAACGAAGAAGAAGCUGCCGAACAACAAUGAGGACGGAGCGUAUGAGACGAAGUCACACAGAGAGAGGAGAGAGACAGAGAGAGAUUGUAACCCACAGCGGCUGCAUUGCUGUGGGUUACAAUGUACUUUCUCUCUCUCUGUCUCUCUCCUCUCUCUGUGUGACUUCGUCUCAUACGCUCCGUCCUCAUUGGUGUUAAGCGGCUUCUUCUUCGUUGAUUUUCGGCGGCUAUUUCUUCCGGUCGGCGGACUCCGGCAUCGAAACUUGGAAUCGAAAUUUUAAUAUUUGAACGAUACCGGAAGAAUCGAAGUUUUAGUCCCGAUUCCCAUCGAUUCUCGAUUCCCAACCCUAGUCCCAAGUCCCACCAAACAGACAAAACUUUAAAUGUGGGAAACAGAAGAAGUACAGAUCUGUACCAACAGCAGGGGGCGCCCUGAUGUCCACCAUGAUCGAAAUCAUCUGUUUUUUAGUCCCUCAUUUCUGAGCCGGUCUGUCCUGGAUAGAGUUAAGGCACCUGGGUCACGGUGACUCUCAGAGACCCCAAAGCCCCCGUGGGGUGAAUAAAGUGUUCUGAUCCGGGUUCUGAUCCUGAGCUCUCACGGUUCUGUGAAUUUGUCUGGAGGGUUUGUCUCGUUGUCUUGUUCCAGAGUUGUUUUAAUUCUCCCUUGUUCAUCUCCUCAUCUCUUCCAGAUAACGGCUGUAAGGUUUAUGACUUGUUCAGGAACUGUGAACAUUUCAAAUGGGCCUGCCCGUUUUUCGCCAUAUUCCGUGACGAAUACUGCCCUGCGACCUGCCAGUGCGAUGGCAAGGUGAAAUAAACCCUGAAGGUCCAAACGGGCUCUUCUUCCUUCUUCUCCUACUUUCAAUAAACUUCAGCAUCAUGAAAAC